CAUAAAUGAAGAGUUCUAAUCAACUUUAAAUUCUAAGAACUCUAAUACCCAAAUAAUAAUUAACAGAAGAAGAUGAUGAUUUACCAAAUCCUAUGUUAGAUUCAAUUAUCUCAUAAAAGUCUCAACAAUCUUAUCUUAUACCUGCAAAAAAUAUGAAAUUAAUAUUAAAUUCAAACCGAAGUGAUAAAACAAAAAGUCCUUUUAGAAAGCAGAAUUAGGCUUGGAAGAUAGGUUCUGAAAGCAAAAAAAGUUCAUAUUAAAAUUAAUACAAACAAAUAGAUAUUUUAUUCCCAUUAUUGAAAUUAGUUUAGUUAAAUUAAAAAUAAAAUAAAACUGAAUGUUUUAAUGGAGAAGAAGUGACAAUAGAUUAAAAAAUUUACUUUAUAAAAGCAAAUGAAAUUUUAAAUAUAUUUCAAAAAUCUGCUGAUGGAUAUACUUUAUCAUUAGAGGAAGCAGAUGAAGUUCAAGAAAAAGAGAUGAAGAAAAGUGUUUCAAUUUCAGAAAAAAUGAUUAAAUCUAUGAAGGCAAUAAAAACCUUUAAGAAAGCUAAAAAUAAAAUAAAAUCAUUCAUUUUAGUUUCAGAUGUGUCAAAAUAAACUGAUGAAUUGAUUAAAUACAAAUAAUAAGUUGAUAAAAUGAAUUAAUUCUUUAAUGAUGAUAAAAUAAUUUAUAAAAGUGAUCAUCAAUUAGGAGAGUAAAUAAUCAAGACAAAAUAAUUAUCUCCUUAGAAGGAUCAAAUUAGUGAAACUCAAAAUUGUUUUAAAGAAAAAGAAGAAAUUAUAAUUGAAAAUAAAAAUAAAAAAGGUUCAAAACGAUAUUAUCAAUUAAUAGAUAAUUCUAAAAGAAUUUUAAAACAAAUAGCAUUUAUAAUUGGAAUAUUUUUGUUAAUUUUCGUAAUGGCAUACAUUAAAACUUUAAAUAGUGUAACAAUCCAUAUAGAAGAUUUGUGA